AUGGCCGAAGAAGCAGCUGCAAAGAGGCUCAAGACCUCCCCCCCCAUAAUUGGGACCCACAACGGCCACUUCCACGCCGACGAAGCUCUGGCCGUCUACCUCCUCCGCCUCUUACCAACCUACACCUCGUCCCCCCUCAUCCGCACCCGCGACCCCUCCCUCCUAGCAACCUGCCACACCAUCGUCGACGUUGGCGGCGAAUACGAUCCCGCCCGCAACCGCUACGACCACCACCAACGAACCUUCACCACAACCUUCCCCUCGCACUCCACAAGGCUCUCCUCCGCAGGCCUUGUAUACCUCCACUUCGGCAAAGCCAUAAUAGCCCAACACACCAGCCUACCCAUCGACCACCCCGACGUCUCCACCCUCUAUGAAAAGCUCUACGCCGAUUUCAUCGAAGCACUCGACGCGCACGAUAACGGGAUUUCCGUCUACGACCCAUCUCGCGUGGCGGCGGCAGGGCUAGAGAAGCGCUUUAGAGAUGGGGGCAUCAACCUUGGCUCGUUGGUGGGGGAUUUGAAUGGGCCGGAUCCCUCGUCGACGGAUCCGCAGGACGAAGACUCGCUGUUUGAGAAGGCGAGCAAGUUUAUUGGGGAUGUGUUCUUGCGCAAGUUGCGGCUCGCGAGUGGGUCGUGGUUGCCUGCUCGCGCGACAGUGAGGGAAGCGUACGAGUCGCGGUUCGAUACGCAUGAGUCCGGACGGAUACUGGUGCUGCCGCAGCCGGGGGUUCCGUGGAAGGAGCAUUUGUAUACGUUGGAGGAGAAGGAGAAUGCCGGGAUGGAUGGCGUGGCGGAUGCGGAGGAGGGAAAGGUGUAUUAUGUGCUUUAUCCGGAAUCGACGGCAGAGGGGGCGAGGUGGAGGGUGCACUGUGUCCCUGUCACGGAUGCUAGUUUUGAGUCUAGAAGGCCGUUGCCGGAGGCGUGGAGGGGGAUGAGGGAUGAGGACCUGGAUGGGGUGUUGAAGGGUGAAGAAGUGCCUAGCGGGGCGAUAUUUGUACACGCCAGUGGGUUCACUGGGGGCCAUGCGACGAGGGAGGGGGCUUUGGCGAUGGCGGUGAGGAGUUUGAGAUUGGAUGGAUGA